AUGGACAAAAAGGUCGUAGGUCUUCUCGGAGGUGGCCAGUUGGGCCGUAUGUUUGUCGAGGCAGCCAACCGGCUCAACAUUCAAGUCAACAUUCUGGACGCAGCAAAGUCACCCGCCAAACAAAUCAGCAGCCAUGAAGGCCAUUUUGAAGGAUCAUUCAAGGACCCGGAAGCCAUUGAAAAAUUGUCAAAAACUUGUGAUGUCGUCACUGUUGAGAUUGAACAUGUAGACACUCAGAUUCUGGAAAAGAUUGCUUCUCAAGGUGUUCCUGUGGAGCCCAGCUGGAAGACUAUUCGCAUGAUCCAGGACAAGUACGCGCAAAAGGAGCAUCUUCAGGAGUACAGUGUCGCUACUGCUCAAUCUAUCCCGCUGGCUGGAGCUACCAAGGAGGACUUGCAAAAGGUUGGCGAGCAGAUCGGUCUUCCUUUCAUGCUCAAGUCCCGCACAGAAGCUUACGAUGGACGUGGAAACUUCCCUGUCAAAUCUGCCGCUGACUUUGACGCUGCUCUGGAAGCUCUUGGAAACCGUCCUCUAUAUGCUGAGAAGUGGGCCAACUUCAAGGCUGAAUUGGCUGUUAUGGUUGUCAAGACCAAGGAUGGUGUUCUGGCUUACCCUACUGUCGAGACCGUUCACGAGGACAGCAUUUGCAAGCUUGUAUACGCCCCUGCUCGCAACGUUUCCAAGAAGGUGCUUGAGCAGGCUCAGGAACUAGCUAAGAAGGCUGUUGCUUGCUUCUGGGGCAAGGGUGUGUUUGGUGUUGAGAUGUUCUUGCUCGAUGAUGACAGUCUCUUGAUCAACGAGAUUGCUCCUAGACCUCACAACUCUGGCCACUACACUAUUGAGGCCUGCCCUAUCUCACAGUACGACGCUCAUCUUCGCUCAAUCCUGGAUAUCCCUAUUCAACAACACGAGCUGCGUAUCAGAGAACCCUCGAUUAUGCUCAACAUCCUCGGUGCUUCUACUCCCGACUCAGCUGUCCAAAUCGCUGAACGCUCCAUCGCUGCUGGCGUCGGUGCUUCAAUCCACCUCUACGGCAAGGGUGACGCCCGUCCCGGCAGGAAGAUGGGCCACAUGACCCUCACAGCACCCAGCAUGCGCGAAGCAGAAAAGUCCAUGCAAGUCCUCCUCGACAUCACCGACGACGUCCGCGGCAAGAAGAGCGCACCCCUGUCCCCGCCCUCCACCAGCGGCCAAGCCAAAGACGCCAUGGUCGGUGUAAUCAUGGGCUCCUACAGCGACAUGCCCGUCCUCCAGGCCGGCAUCAACAUCCUCAAGAAACUAAACAUUCCCUUUGAAACCCACAUUACAUCUGCCCACCGCACACCCGACUGGAUGGGCGAAUACGUACACUCUGCCCUCCCCCGCGGCAUCCAGGUCCUCAUCGCCGCAGCAGGAGGUGCUGCACAUCUUCCCGGUAUGGCAGCCUCUCACACCGCAAUCCCUGUCAUCGGUGUUCCUGUCAAGCCAACCAUUGGCGAUGGCACAGACAGUGUACUGAGUAUUCUCAACAUGCCUCGUGGUGUUCCUGUGGCUACUGUGGGUACCAACAAUAGUACCAAUGCUGCUUUGUUGGCUGCUCGCAUCAUUGGCUUGAAGGAGAGUGCGAUUCAGAAUGCUGUUGUCAAGUAUGCUGAAGAGUCUACUGAGGAGGUCAUGGAGAGGGAGAAGCUUAUGGAUGAGCAGGGUUGGGAUGCUGUUUAUGAGAAGUGGCAUGGUGCUAAGAAGUGA